AUGAAAGAUCAAACAAAAUUCUCUAAAUUUAUUCAUGUUCACACAUUGCAAGAGUGCCGGAACCAUGACGAGCUGCAGGCGGGGCCGCCGCUCCAGACCGCCACCAUGACCCAGUUCGAGUGCACAGUCACCGAAAUCGCUGGAGCACGCUGCUUAGUAACUCGCGAGCCUUUCAGCUGCUUCGCGCCGAACGGCACGCCGCUGCUGAUCUGCGCGCCUGUGCCUCCGGACUCGUUGCCCACAAAGAAACGGUACAUCAGGGAGACCUCGGAGAUUACUCUGGAAGUUGGACCCACCAUCAGUUGUUGGGUGAGGCAAAGCCAGGGACCCGAGCGAUUGGCGGCGGCGGCGACGGCAUCGGCGGCAGAAACCAAGGGACUGUACGACUUCUCCAGCAACGGCGUUGCCGUGAACUCGUUUGACCCGACUUUGGGUAAGCCCGAUAAUGGCGACGGCGGCGGCGCUGGCGAGAGCUCGUACGACAGCGAGGACGGCGCGUCGUUGCCGUCGGCGUCGCAGAUCGAGGCGAUAGUCCAACAGGCCAACCGGAUCUGCGAACCGCUUGACGCCGACGGCGCCGCCGCCGCCGCCACAACCGCCGCCGCCGUCGUCGUGGCAGCUGCAACGGCAGCGGCCUCGGUGCCUAAUUCGGUCAUGGCCGACAGAGACGCCGUCGGCGGCGUCGGCUGUGGGUACGACAGUGACGAAGACAUGCUAAUGUUGUCGGCGUCUCAGAUUGAGGCUCUAGUAGCAAAAUAUAGUUAG